AUGUCAGCUAGACAAAGAGAUAGAUACAGAAACUUCAAGAUAAGUAAUGAUCUAAAUGGAGAAGCUGAUGCAGAGGAGAUCGACAUGGAUAACAGAUGGUCUAUUAUUGCUCUGAGUACUUAAACCUUUUCUAAAAUUUAUGAGCAGCAAGUUGAGCAUAUAAUUAAACUAACUAAGAACCUGAAAAGGCAUGCUAACUUUGAGGUAGAAAAACAGAAUGACGAGAAUGCAAGGGAGGAGAGAAAGAGUAGGAAUGACAGAGAUAGAAUAAAUGAUGAGAUGAUGAAUAUGAAUGCUAUAGUGGACAUUGACAAGAUUAAUUUCGAGAUAAACUUCGAAACAUAUAUAGAUCCAUUCUUUAAAAAGACUAGUUAGAUGUUUGAUGAGGCAAAUGCAUCAGGCUUACUUUUGAAUAAUCUUCAUAUUAAUAGAGAAGUUAUGGUGUCACUUGAUGCCUAGGCACCUCUUGAUUAAAAUUAGAGAUAAAUGAACCAGAACAUAUACCAUAGACGAUUAGUGAAUGCUGCCAAAGAUUCAUUUAAGGAAGCUUUCAAAGAGUAAGAGAUGUCGAUGGGCCUCAGAGAUUUUAUACUUGAUUUGAAAGAUGAAAUUAAUAAGCAAGUAAGACUUAAUUAUUAAUCAGAAAACAGCAGAAUAUGCAAAUAUGUCCAUAUGCUAGCCUCCUAGUUUAAGCCUUUAAGAAGUUUAAACUAGUAAGUAAGAGCAAAAGCUGCAAGGUAAAAUAAUUCAGCUAGGGAUAAUCUUCAAAAUAUGAAGCUCAAUAAUAGCAAUAUGCCUGAUUAAAUUGAUGAUGGAAAUUUUGACAUGGACUUUGCUUAGUUCUAACCAAGCGAAUUGCUUCUUCAUCAAGAUGACUUUUAGGCUGAUGAAGUCCCAGAAAGUUUUGCUGAUAAAUUGUUCCUAAGGAAAAGUGGGCGAUAGACUUCUAAGAAAAAGGAUGAAAUUAACUUAUUUCCUUAAAAUCAACAAAAUGACACUAAGAAGAGAAGAGAUAAUGACAACAGAAGAAUUAGAAAUGCUGAUACUAAAAGGCUUUUGGAUAUAUUUGAAGAUAUACCAAACAGGAGGGAUCCUCGUCUGAGACAACAGAUAACGGCUCUAGUUAAUAUGAGCAGAAAUGAUGCUUAUAUGCCAAAAGGUUUGAACGAUGACCCAAUCAUUAAUGAUACUUAUAGUAACACAGAUUUCCUCUGUCAUCACAGAUUUAUUCAGAGGAAGCAGUAUCUGAUAACUAAGCCAUAAACAACUGUAACUAUGAGUAGGGAAUACAAUGAAUACUUAGAGCUUCUGAGUUCUAAUUUUGAUUAGAGAAAAGAGAGAAAAAUAAAAGCAUUCCUGAAGGAUGAUUAUGAUGAUGAAGAGGAUUAUGAAGAUGAGUAAGAUCAAGAUUAAGUCGAUUUAAUAGUUGAUAAUGAUCUAGAUAAUGAUAAUUACAUGAAUGAUGAAGCUAAUAACGAUUAAUACUACUAAGAAGAACAAAAAAGUGAUUAGCAUUUAAAUGGGAGUUAAGAGAGUAAGAAUGAAAGAUAAUAAUUCUAAUAAGAAAACCCAGAGGAAAAUGGCAAUGAAUCAGAUAAUGAAUUGAUGGCUCUUUUUAAAGAUUAGGGUAAUGUUUAGAGAUCCCCAAAUGACUAGAUUAAACAAGAACUUGAUCAAGAUCCAGGAGUUAAUUAAUAAUCAUCAAGGAGAAGGCAACGCCGAUUUAAGACCAAUAUUCUGAAUAUAAGACGUAUAAAAGAGACAAUGAAUAACUAUAUUGGCUAGGAAAAUAGAAGUAACAAUAUAGAUGACUUGGUUUUCAGUGAUAUAUGCUUGAAGACCUAGAACUUUAUAGAGGAGUAAGAUGAGGCUACAGUUAAUGUCUAGACUAGCUUCUUAUGCCUGCUGCAUCUUGCUAAUGAAAAAAGUUACGAUUUGGAAUGUCUAUAGGACCGAAGAAUUAAUUUGAAUGAUAUCAAAAUUACACCCAGCAAUAGUGAAUGA